CUUUAUGCACAUCUAUCUUUUUAUUAUUUUCUCCUUCUUCAUUCUCUCUCUCUCUCUCUCUCUACUUGAUUAUUAUGUUCAUUUCUUAUAUAGAAAACUAACUUUAAUAUUCACAAUUGGUGGUGGUGAUCAUCAUCAUCAUCAUCAAAGUAUAUUAAUUCUAAUUUCUUUUAUGUCUGAAGAUAUGAAUCUAUCUAUUAAUGGCCAGUCUCAAGUGCCUCCUGGCUUCAGAUUUCAUCCCACUGAGGAAGAGCUUCUUCACUAUUAUUUGAGAAAAAAAGUUGCUUUUGAAAAAAUUGAUCUUGAUGUAAUUCGCGAAGUUGAUCUCAACAAACUCGAACCCUGGGAUAUCCAAGAGAAGUGUAAGAUUGGAUCUACACCACAAAAUGAUUGGUAUUUCUUUAGUCAUAAAGACAAGAAAUACCCAACUGGAACCCGAACCAACCGAGCAACUGCGGCCGGGUUCUGGAAGGCCACGGGCCGGGAUAAGAUCAUUUAUAGUGGUUUUAAGAGAAUUGGACUGAGGAAAACACUUGUGUUCUACAAAGGAAGAGCUCCACAUGGUCAAAAAUCAGAUUGGAUCAUGCAUGAAUAUAGAUUAGAUGAGAGUAGUACUACUACUCAUGACUCAACUGUUAUUUCAAACAGUCAGUUAGCUGGUGAUUCUGUUUCAGAGGAUGGUUGGGUGGUAUGCAGAGUAUUCAAGAAAAAAAAUUACCAAAAAUCACUAGACAGUCCAAAAGGCACUACAUCAUCAUCCAUGUCAGGUGAUUCGAAUAUUAUUAUGAAUAAUAAUAAUAAUAAUAAUAAUAACAUUCAUCACUCGAUACAUCAGCAACACCAGCACCACCACCACCACCAGAUGUCAUACCCUAAAAACGACGGCGUUUUGGAUCAAAUACUUCAUUACAUGGGAAGAACAUGUAAGCUAGAAAAUGAUUCCUUAACCAACAACAUCUCCACCACCGAGCGGUAUCAUCACAUGAGCAAAAACACCGCCAUGGGAGGUGGCGGCGGUGAAGCAGUUUUCGGCCACCAUCAUCAAAACUUCAUGCAUCUCCCAAGGCUUCAAGAGAUAAUAACACCAACCAAUAAUAAUAACAACAAUACUACUAAUACUACUACUCUUCCUUCAAUGCCUUUAUUAAACGACAACGUUUCACCAUACAAAGCUUACAAUAAUAACAACAACAAUAGUACUACUACUACUACUACUAACUAUGAUGAUGAGUCAUACGACAUGCUUAUGGAAACCGAACCCGCCUCCACUUCAAACCACCCGAAACCCGGAUCCAACAACAGAGUAAAUGACUGGAUUGCCCUUGACAGGCUUGUGGCAUCUCAGCUAAAUGGUCAUCAUCAUAAUCGUGAAGAAGAGACAACAACAGCUUCAAAGGCGCAAUUGAGUAAUUGUUUCGGUGACAUUCAAAACGUCAUGUCGUUUUGCACUGAACAAGAUGAAAACGACGUCGUACAACUGUCUUCGUAUCCGUACUUACGUUCUAGAACGACGUCGUCAUCGAAUAUUAUUGUUAAUAAUAAUAACAACCAAAACUACAAUGAGAACGAUCUUAUUUGGAGUAGUUUCGGAAGAUCAUCAUCUUCACCUUCUUCUUCCUCAGAUCCAUUAUGCCACUUGUCGGUAUAAUCCAAGCAUUAAUUACAAAUAUUUACAUAAUAUUUUGAUGAAUUGAAGUUGUACUAUAUAGGGUUACGUACGCAUGUAUAAGUUACGUAGAAAUAUUAUAUAUAUAUAUAUAUAUAUAUAAUUCUAUAACUAAUAAGAUCCUUUUGUUUUGGUGUUACAUAAAUAAAUAAAUUAAGAGAGAAAUAUUAUUUUGAUUUA